UUCAACUCCAAAACCAAACAGGAAAAAACAGCAGCUAUAUCUUUCCUCUUACAUGCCGGCCACUCUUGUUUUCCUCUUCUAUGGCUCAAAUCCCAGAUAGCAGCUGCAAAAAGGAAAACCAUCAGCCUAAAAGAACCAGCAGUUGUUUCCUGGGCUGUUUUGGAUCAUCUAUUCCUCCCCAUAAGGUCAAAGAAAAGAGCAAGAAAAGCAGCACUAGUCCUACUACAACUACAAGAACUACAGUUUCGUGGUUUUCUUGGUCCAAGAAAUCCCCUAAGAGAACUGUUCCAGUUGAUGCUGCCACCAGUGAAAAGCUCCAUCAAAGAAAAGAUGGUUUUUUAAUGGCCAAAUCUAUCAAGAAAGUGUUAGCUAAACCUCCAAAUCUUCCAGCAGACGGCGCCGUCGCUGGUCAAGCUCCGGGUGGUCCGAUUGGUGAUGUGAUUGUCCAAGGGAAAAAAUUUGCUAAGUCAAAGUACGAAAAUGCUCAAAAGAUCAUCCUCGAGAAUAGCAAAAGCUUAAAUCGUUUGGAGUCCAUUGUGGAGGAGACAACGUAUAAAAAAGGGUCAUCUAAAAAACACUCUUCAAGUCAUCGUUCACCGGAGGACAAGCAAGCGGCUAGCCAGCGGGCCGUGGCGGUGAUCUCGCACUCAACCUCUAUGCCGCCACCGUCAAUACAGAAGAAACCCGCGGUGGGCAACGGUGGCGAGCAAAGUUUUCUCGUGAAGAAAGACAAAUCUCAAGGAGAAAACGACAAGCAAGGUGGCAAAUUUGACCGGUUUGUUGGGAUGUCAAUUAUAUUGGUGACCCUAACAAUUAUGGUAGUUUGGGGUAAGUUAUGUGCAAUUUUGUUCACUUCUGCAUGGUUAUAUUGCUUCCCUCUCAUCAAAGCCCAAAAGGUUGAACCAAAAGUUACAACAAGAAAUGGUUCAAAAUCCUUUGAUCUAGAUAUAAACUCAGAAGAAUAUAAGAAGAAGGUUGUUUUAGAGGGACUUCUGGAAAGAAACCGUAGGAAUAAUGCAUAAUGGUGUUGGAUUUUUUUAGUCUGGAACAAAUUUCAGUUGAACUUUUCUUUU